CCCUCCACUGUCUGAUCGAGGAGGUCUGAGUCUCGGAGAGGAAGUUGGGACCAUAUGAAUUGUUACUUCAUAUUUGUGCAAGAAUUGUGGAUACUUUCCUUUUUCUCAUCUCUGGAAAUGUGGGACAUUUUUACACCCGAUUAGCUAAUCAAUUAGUUUCUCGUACUUAUUUGGACUUUGAGCUUUUAGGGCUGAGAGGAUAUACACAUCUGUACAUACAGGGAGAUAGGUUGCUAGCUACUGUACUUGGCUAGCCAGUUGGCUACCUAAUUCACCAGUAAGCACCUUUUUGCCAGGUAUUGCAUUUAUUUUUCCUCCACGACUACCUGUUCGAUUUCUUUUUGAGUCAGCGAUGGGUGAAAACAAGCCUCAGCAAGUCAUUUUUUGCAACGAUUCUCCCAAACGAGUUCUGGUGUCCGUUAUCAAGACAACCCCUAUCAAACCCAGGGUGGCGGAGUCCGUGAUGCCGACCAGUCCCGGUUUUAGCGACUUCAUGGUCUAUCCGUGGAGAUGGGGCGAGAACGCCCACAAUGUCACCCUUAGUCCCGGACCGGUGAACGGAGCCGCUUCCCCGACCGGCAGCAACACCGGCAGGGAGGGAGACCUUUCUUCAAUCCCCGAUCACAUGAAGGAUGGCAUGCGCCGCGGCCGCCCGCGGGCAGACACCGUCCGCGCCCUGAUCAACGAGGGCGAGAACUCGUCCAGCCGAAUCCGCUGCAACAUCUGCAACCGCGUUUUCCCCCGAGAGAAAUCUCUGCAGGCCCACAAACGCACCCACACAGGUGAGAGGCCUUAUCUCUGUGACUAUCCGGACUGCGGAAAGGCCUUUGUGCAGAGCGGGCAGCUGAAGACCCACCAGCGCCUGCACACUGGAGAGAAGCCCUUCGUCUGCUCAGAGAAAGGUUGCGGCAGCCGGUUCACCCACGCCAAUCGGCACUGCGCCAAGCACCCGUACGCCCGUCUGAAGAGGGAGGAGCCCGAGGAGGGGCCGGGAAAGUCCCAGGCUGCCGACAACAAGGCCGUGGCGGAGUGGCUGGCCAAGUACUGGCAGACCAGGGAGCAGCGCUGCACCCCCCCGAAAGGGAAGAGCCCCGGAAAGGGCGGGGCCGAGGACCAGGAGCAGCAGGACCCCCUGGAGUUCUGCCAGUCGGAUGAGGAGGAAGGGGAGGAGCCGGAGGAGGAGAAGAGCGGGGGAGGGUCGGCGAGGCGCAGGCUUCAGGAGCAGAGGGAGCGUCUCCACGGCGCCCUGGCUCUCAUCGAGCUCGCCAACAACCUGUCCUAAACCCGCCAAUGGCCUCUCCUAAAUCCGCCCCCCAAAACCAGGAGGGGGGGGGGGCACAAGCUAAAGCACCUUAUCUUUCACUUACAUCAUUUUUUAUUUUAUUAUUGUUAUUAUUAUUAUUAUUAUUAGGCUGCUAUGAAUAUAGAUUUUUCAUCGUAUGAAGAAUGUCGUUUCCUGUCCUGGAAAGAGGAGAGAAGGGGCUGUCGUUUUAAAAAGUGUUGUAUGUGUUGAUUUUUGCACUUUUUUUUUUUUGUUUGUUUGUUUUUCCUUCUUCUUCCUUUCUUUAAUUUGGUAACGAGUUUUAACGAGUGAAGUAUGUAUACAGAACAGUCUGUAACCGUGUGUGUGUGUGUGUGUGUGUGUGUGUGUGUGUAUGGGAGGGGGGAGGGGGGGGUCCAGGCUCAGGUGACGAGCGUAAUUACAGGGUGUGUACCAGAGGGGGCAGGACACGUUUUAAGACUGGUGGGAGACACCGUGGCUGGUGCAAGCCUAAUCUAAGUCUACUCUAAACCGAAAUACUUCCCUGGUCCCGUUCGGGCCGCUGUGCAUUUCGUUACGAACAAGCUGAGCACCGCCUCCACUGGGACCCCAGACAGAGCAGCCCGCGGUGUACACCGCACUACUUUUACACUGAAGUCACGCCCUCGAACCCGCGUCCGCUUUUAAGCAAACUUAAAACAGUCGGCACUUAAAUUGUUCCGCGUUGGGUAGGCCCUCUCAUCCAGACGAACUUACAGUGCCACUUGGCGUGUCCAUGUCUGCAUCUGUUACUGAGGGGCCUGGAGACAUUUUGGACACCCUGGCUGCCGUAGACCUGCCCGAUACCUGUAAAUAGCACAUUCUGCAUGUUAAUUUAUGACCUUACAAACUAAUUUGUUAAUAAACUUAAAAUAAUAAUGUUUUGUAUAUUUUAAUGUAGUGUAAUAGUGGUUUGUAACUCCUUUUAGGGGUGGGGGGGGGAAAAAAACAUUUAAAAAUCAGGUUUUGUGUUCCAGAGCACCUUAUUUAUUCACCAAUCAGAGUUUAUAACAUUUUCUUUCUGCUUAUUAAUUCAAGAAUUGUCUCCCCUUUUGGUCCCAUUAACUUAUUCAAGGGACCAUGUUUUCUUUCCAAAAGUGUUGGAAAGAAAUUAAGUACUCAUUUAGAGUUGGGGGGGGGGGGGGUUAAAGGUAUAUAGUAAACUGUCUUUCUGAAGCCCAUCACCCCAUCUAAUUUGAUUAAAAAAAUGUAAUCUUUAACUGACCAAUUAGGAGCCUUCCCUGUGUAGUUCUGCAGAAUGUUUGUAAACAUUCCAUCCGUUGUGUGACAUCAUCAGUCUCCCCUCUUAAGGCUUCACUAGCUGUGAUGUCAGAGAUGAGCGACAGCUGAUGUCCUGGAACUGACACCUGCUGACGGCACUUAAACCCAAGACCUCCCGUUUCACAGCAAACCGAUUUCCCGACACGACUUCCCAUGUUUUACGUCAAAAAAAAAAAAGUUUUUUUAAAAAACCUGGAGGUUUUGGGCCGUGACACGCCCUGCUUCCUCUUGACGUAGAUUAGGCUUGCAAAGUCAACAUGGCAGGGGAUUUCAUUCAUUUCUGAAUUUUUUUUUAAUUUUUUUUUUUUUUAAAUGAUUUUAUUUUGGUUUUUUUUUUGUGGUUUUGACGUCUGCAACACUAAGUGGUUGAAAGCUUUGCGGAGGACACGGCUGAUCUGGUCUGACUCAUUAAGCUGCAGCUUGUUGUUGCAUGCAAAGCUCUGCUUGCAGUAGACAGUUUUACUCUCUUCUGUGCUAGUUUCUGUGAGAAAGUUUAGAGCACUGAUACUUCAGAUUUCUAUUAUCCUAAAGUUUUAAAAUUAAUUUUUAUUUUUAUGCGACCCAUUUAGCUGUGGUAUAAUAUUGUAUUAAAAUUAUAUCUCCAAAUGUUCUAUUGAAAUUAAACAAAACUGGAAGACUUGUCCAUCAUUACACACCAAAUAAGACUAAACCACAGAAUUAUAAUUCCACAGUUUUAGCUAUGUAAAAUAUAUUUUCAACAGAAUUUAAAAUCAUUUUCUUUUAUUUAUACACUGCACAAAUACAAAUGUUAAACAUUUUGUUUUGUUGGUACUUCUCAUUACCAUUUUCUGACCCAAAAAAUGUAUUUUGUUUUUCUUUUCUUUUUUUUUCUUUUUGAAAGGAGCUUCUCUUCUAUGCUUUGUAGAGCUCACACUUUAAAGCAGGGAUUUUACAGGCAGUCCAUAGUGCUGGUACUCAUUUUUCCAAUAAAGCACCGUUCUCAAUCAUGA